GCUCGCUCACUCUCUCCUCUCUCUCUCUCUUUCUUUAUCCUACAGCCCUGAUGAUGCCCCUUGAGCUCUCUUCCUCCUAACCAUCCAGGUCUCACCUGUGGAACUCCCAAACAAGGUCUCUGGAUGUCUACAUGUCCAUGGGAGGGCUUUUAGUGACCACAGAGUUGCCAGGAACUUCUCAACUUCUGCGUGCUGCUGCAGCUGUUUGAAUGAAUUACUCCUAAGAUCACUACAAAACUGUAUCCAGGAUGGAGGAUUAAGUCUUGUGGGAGCAAGCCCAAACAGUUUUUCGAGGAAUCUUUGAGAAACAUAUGUUGACAUCGUUGGAGAUAUAGACAGUCAGCUGAACAAACGCAUCCCGAGUCACCAAGCCAUUUCCAGGGAUUCACUUGUACAAAAGCAGUUGUCUGAGAGGCCACCGACGCAUAAGUGAGUACACAAGUGUUGAGGUGCGUGUGGCGUGCCAGAGCUCUGAUAAACAGUGGGCAGUUAGAGGGCCAUUCUCCUUCCCCUGUCUUUCUGAGAAAGGGUGUCAGUCCUGGGGGGUUGGGUAGCCUCUGGGAGGGGCACGGUGGAGGACGACACGCUGGAUUUCGAGGAGAUGGAGGCACAUGGGUACGAUCGCUUUGGCGACUGCGAGCGGGACAGCUACCAAAUAGACUACCGGCGAAUUGUGGGGGACACGGAGCCAGCGCGGCCACAUCUCUCACCCCGAGAAGGAGAGCACUUCCAUGGGCCAUUUAUCCAAGGGGCUCCCCAUGGGCACGGGCAUGGGCACGGGCACGGGCACGAGACUGCUGCCCAGCGUUACAGUGCCACGCGCAUACAGGCUGGAUACGAACCGGAGAGCAUGGCAGACUACCUGAUCAGUGGCGGUACAGGUUAUGUACCAGAAGAUGGUUUGACAGCCCAGCAACUUUUUGCCAUUGGAGAUGGUCUCACUUAUAAUGACUUUCUCAUCCUUCCUGGUUUCAUUGACUUCACUUCUGAUGAAGUGGAUUUGACGUCUGCCCUGACCCGAAAAAUCACCCUUAAGACCCCGCUCAUCUCUUCUCCUAUGGAUACCGUCACGGAGUCCUCCAUGGCCAUCGCCAUGGCACUCAUGGGAGGAAUUGGCAUCAUCCAUCAUAAUUGCACUCCAGAGUUCCAAGCCAAUGAGGUUCGGAUGGUGAAGAAAUUUGAGCAAGGCUUCAUCACAGACCCCGUGGUGAUGAGCCCCAGGCACACGGUUGGUAAUGUGUUCGAGGCGAAGGACCGACACGGCUUCUCUGGGAUCCCCGUCACUGAGACGGGCAAGAUGGGCAGCAAGCUGAUGGGCAUCGUCACGUCACGCGACAUCGACUUCCUGUCUGAGAAAGACCACGACAGGCCACUGGAGGAGGUUAUGACAAAGAGGGAUGAGCUGGUUGUUGCUCCUGCUGGUGUGACUUUAAAAGAGGCCAAUGACAUUCUGCAACGCAGUAAGAAAGGGAAGCUGCCUAUUGUAAAUGACAAUGAUGAGCUGGUGGCCAUCAUCGCUCGCACAGACCUGAAGAAGAACCGCGACUACCCGCUUGCCUCCAAAGACUCGCGCAAACAGCUGCUGUGCGGUGCAGCCGUAGGCACCCGCGACGACGACAAGUACCGGCUGGAUCUGCUCAUUCAGGCGGGGGUGGACGUGGUGGUGCUGGUGAGGACAACGGACUCGUCCCAGGGGAACUCCGUGUUCCAGAUCAGCAUGAUCAACUACAUGAAGCAGAAGUACCCAGAGCUGCAGGUGGUGGGAGGAAACGUGGUGACUGCGGCGCAGGCCAAGAACCUGAUCGACGCCGGGGUGGAUGCCUUAAGAGUGGGCAUGGGCUGCGGCUCCAUCUGCAUCACUCAGGAAGUGAUGGCUGUUGGACGACCACAGGGCACUGCUGUGUAUAAAGUAGCAGAGUAUGCCCGCAGGUUUGGUGUGCCAGUUAUAGCAGAUGGUGGCAUUCAGACUGUGGGGCAUGUGGUCAAGGCUCUAGCACUCGGAGCAUCGACAGUGAUGAUGGGCUCAUUGCUGGCGGCAACCACGGAGGCCCCUGGAGAGUAUUUCUUCUCGGAUGGGGUGCGGCUGAAGAAGUACCGGGGGAUGGGCUCUCUGGACGCCAUGGAGAAGAACAGCAGCAGCCAAAAACGCUACUUCAGUGAGGGCGAUAAGGUGAAGGUGGCUCAAGGUGUGUCGGGGUCGGUGCAAGACAAAGGCUCCAUCCAUAAGUUUGUGCCCUACCUCAUCGCUGGCAUCCAGCACGGUUGCCAGGACAUCGGGGCUAAGAGCCUAUCCAUCUUACGCUCCAUGAUGUACUCUGGAGAGCUGAAGUUCGAGAAGAGGACCAUGUCAGCACAGGUGGAAGGUGGUGUGCAUGGUCUUCACUCAUAUUCUUUUGUGCCAUUUAUGAAAAGCGGCUUUACUGAGGGAGGCAGAGGAGGCCAGAGCCGUGUGGCUCCUAACGUCCCCUCGCCAGCGUCACUCAAACACAACGGCUACCUGUGACUAGACCCGCCUCCUCACUCGAACCCACCCCAGCCCACCAGCGGCACCCCCCCCUUAACACGGUGCUGUCCUCCCCUUCUCCUCAAGCUGAGUCGAGUACUCUUAUCCCUCCUCUCCCUCUAUCUCUUCUCUCUCCGAUGGACACCCCGUGUGGUAUAGAGCACACCGGUGUGUUGGGGAGGCAACUCCGCUUGGGACGCCUGCUGACCGAAGAAAGAAGAAAAUCAGCGUGUGACUUUCACCUUGACCAGAACUCGCUACAGCACACACAAGAAACACACAACACAAACUCCAAGACAGAAUGGACUGUGCUCUGCAGGGCUGCGUCAUUUUGUCCUCGUUUUAGCUCCCGCCACCUCUAGUCACUUUCUCACAGUACAGUACAUCCCAAUCUGUAUGUGAGUGUGUCUGAUAUCAGCUAAACUGUAGCUCUCUGAUGAAGACCCAGAAUGCCCAGUAACAGACUCUUGGCAGAAUCUGAGUGUUGACUGAGUGUCUCUGUUGUCUAUUAGGCACCAAUGUACUUAUUAUGGAGCUUUCAUCAGUUCAAGUAACACCUUGUGCUCAACGUUCACUCCAUUCAGUUAUACUUGUAGCAGAACACGUGUGAAAUAAAUGCAUACAUACACAGACACACAACACACAGACACAGACACAGACACAGACACAGACACAGACACAGACACAGACACAGACACACACACACACACACACACACUUACACAGGCCUCUGAAGGACUACACUGGGUCUUUCAUAUAAGUGUUUAGGUCUCUGUUGCUGCACAGCAAAGCAUAUUAUGAAUCUCUAGAGUCCAGAGAAGACCUUCCAAGACCAAAGAGGAGCAGAAAACUGUGUGUGCUGUUCUACCCUUGGCUGACCAGCAAUAUUUCUGUUACCUAGAAUACUGGUACCCAGAGGGAAUCACAUGUAUUGUCCACAAUUAGUCUCUGUAAUGAAUGUACAUCAGAUGAAUGUGUUACAGGUCAAACAUGAGAUUAUGUGAACUAGCAUUAGCCUGUUUAGCUUGUGUGCUAACCUGCUUAGUGUAUUCCCCUCCAUGCCUUUCAGUGAGAUGAGUGGAAGGUACUGGGGGGGGCAGAGGCUAAGUGUAAAGCCCAACGUCAGGGAUCCUUUUUGCCUGAGCGCCUUACAAAUAGACAUUUUUGUAGGAUUGUACUUCGCACCAUAGCUUUAAAUUGAAUUUCCACUGUAUUGGUACAUAAACAUACACGUAUGUGAAUAAAGGAUAUCAGAGUAAUGUGAAGCUCUUUCUUUGGAAACGGAAAGGGGGAACACAAACAUGGUUUGGCUUUUUUGUCGUUUGCUGUAUACUCAAACACUAACUUUUCUGUGUGCAGCGUAGCACAUAUCACUCUUAAAUAGUAGCAGGGUCAACACCAACAGCCAGUGAUUCAUGUGACAGAGUUUUCUGGCAGUUUUAUGAUUUCCACGUAGCCAUUCAGUGAGGUUCUAGCGUCGUAGCUUCAGUGCCGUGGAUUUGAGCUUCUCAGGUUUUCGGCUAUUUAUUUUGCAGUCAUUUAGACAUAUUCAAUGCAAAUUCAAAUGUUGUUGUUUUGCAGCCAAGAAAGUGAUGUCGAGGUUACUGUAAACGUUAGAUUCAACUUUAUGUUCAUUCUGUUACUUGCAACAUUCUCUCAAACUUCUUAGGAGUGUAUGUGUCUCUGUGUGUGUGUGUGUGUGCGUGUGUGUUUGUGUGUAUUUGUAUGAAAGAGAAAGCUGUAAAUGUAGCAAGGACUAUUGUUUAUCUAACUUUCUUGUCGAUUACUUUAAAAUAAAUUUGGUUAUUUUGAUUUAUUUUGAUUUAAUCCCUGAUUAUCAAAUUUCAGUUUUAUGUCUGCAUCCUCAUUGGACUUGAACCUUGUGGAAAUUAAAGUAGUGUCUUUGAGCAGUGGCCCAGUUGCAACUGUAAUGGCACCCACUUUGUACCUUCUGUGCUUCUGUGUAAAUCUCUCUCUCGCUCUCUCCCUCUCUCUCUCUCUAUCUCUCCCUCUCAGUCUUUGUAUCAUUUCUCAUUGUUGCUAAAUUGCAUAACUGAUAAAGUUUGUAUAACUACAAA